AUGUCGUACAUACCGCUCCAGACCGUCACCGGCCCCGACCAGCAGAUGGCCAUGCCGCUUCCGCUGCAGUAUGACCAGCGCUCCAACUUCGACGCCGAGACCUUCAUUGGAAGCGAGGACGCCUACUCGACAUACCACCUCCAGCAGAUGCCCCCGCAGCUCAAGCGCUACCCCAGCACAUACGAAGACCCCUUCUCCGACGUCCAGAGCGGCUACGAGCAGUCGAUACACCCACACGAUCAGAAUGGCGUGCCGGAGAGUCCCAGCAUCGAGAGCAACAACAAGCUCCUCAGCUUCUCGCUACCCGUCGUACCGUACACCAUCCUCACAUAUGCUAUGCAAAGGGUGUCAAUAUCAAUGUCGGCACAGCUGCACGGCAUGUUCUUUCUGGCCGAAUCACCCUGGGCAACCGCAGCUGAUGUGCAGGCGCCGUCGGAAUUGACUUGCUACCGGAGGAACCUCUUCCAGAUCACCGGCACCAUCACAAUUCCCCGGAGUCUGCAGUUCCUCAUGACCGACCAAGGCGACCAAAUACCGAUUCUUGGCCAAGAACUUACCAUUUCCGCAACCGAAUCACUCGAGGGCAAUCCCGUAAAGAUAAUCUCGGUCCCGUGGAAGACGCCGGCCACGGGUAGUACAUCGACCGAAGACAAAACUGAGAAGGAGCCACCGACAUAUCCACUCGAUCUGUCGACCGGACAGGACAUGGACUCGGAGUAUGUUAGUUUCCCUAUCAGUUGGAAGCGACUGCAGUUCCGGAUAGCGACUGCAAACAAUGGGAGGAGGAAGGAGCUACAACAGCACUUUGUUGUGCGAUUGAAGGUGAUAGCAACUCUCGCUAGUGGUGUCAAAGUACCAAUAUGCGAAGUACACUCUGGUGCAAUUAUCGUGCGAGGAAGAAGCCCGCGCAACUUCCAGGCCCGCAAGGACCUGCCCAUCAGUGGCGGUUCAACAGCACGCAAAGUGCACACUCCACAGCAACCCAGCAGAACGCCAACUGGCGACACGAACCAGCACACCCCGAAGCAAACACCCAACCCACCUGCGACCUCGUCCAAGCCCAUGGACUUACUACAGAUGCCAUUCGAGUUCACUGCAAACGAAAUGCCGCCCUCACCCGACUUUGACUGGAAGAUACCAGCGGGUGCCAUGACAGCAAUACCACCCGAUCCACCUUCAUCUCAACUCCAACACGCCACACCAUACGCCCAAUCGACACCCGAGAUCUCACGAAGCGUGCCCCCGCAUCGCGCAUCUAUAGCCCCUGUCACCCUUUCCCUCACGGAUGACGAGCCCCAAAAAGCACCGUCACCUAACGACCAUCAAAGAAAACGCGCUACACCAAUGCGGCCCCCAUCCUUUUCAAUCGGCAUCAUCAACAGCCCUGAUGAGAGUGCUGAUCUCCUCUAUGAAUACUUCCCGCUUGGUCUGGAUGACUGGAUGCCGCCUGUUGAUGCUGUUUAUCGUCCGCAUGUUGUUCACCAUAUCACGCCCUUUCCGCAGGACUCCAAGGCAGAUGCGGGGAAGAGUAGGUCGAAGAGGUACUUUUCGGACGCUUGGGGUUGA